AUGGAAGGUGAAGAUUUAGAUGAUUCAAUGGACGAGACUCUUGCAGAGAAAUCUGCAGAUGCAUCUCAAACAUCACAACCUACAGGCCAACCGAAAGUUACUCUUCGAUGGACAGUCAAAGGCUAUUCCCAGGAUAAACGAAACCAUACAUUACCAGAUGGUUGGUGUGAAGUAUUCCAUACUAGUGGAUUUCCAUUGUACUUUCAUAAACAAACACGUGUAGUCACAUUAUCUCGUCCGUAUUUUCUUGGUUCAGUUAGUGUUCGUCAUCACUUGAUACCGAUCUCAUCAAUACCAUGUCUGUAUAUGAAACGACUGCAGGAAGAACAAAUAGAAACAGGUGAAUCGGCAGCAACAAGCACUGAAGCCAAAUGUCCAUUUAAAAUGAAUGAACAAGAAAACUCUUCAUCAACGAUAAAUCGUAAACGAAAACGUAGUGAUAUGGAUAACGAAGAUGUCGAAGAAGGUGAAAUCUCCUCUCCUCAUCCGCCGACACAAGUCAACGGCGAAGAUUCUUCAUCUUCUCUUUCCGCUCACCCAACAUUGCAACCGGUGGAUCCAUUACCAACUGAUACAACUACACCAUCGACUUGUCCAGCACAAACACGUCCACCUAAACCACAGCAACUACCAGUUUCUUUACAAAUCCUAUCGAAUACAACACUAGACGAUGCUCUGUACUUCAGUACGUUAACAUCAGAUGAACUACGUUCGUAUUGUCAACGUCGACUAGCAUUUGAACAGCGUGAAUUCAAAUUUUUCCCAUCAUUAAGUGACAAGUGGAAGUACAUUCGACAAGCUCAAAUGAAACGUCGUGAAAUGAACACGCCAGCUGAUACACAAACCAUAGAACUUCAGCCGUUGACAACCCCCGAUCAAUCAGUUGUCGUUUCAGCGACAUUAAAAACGACUGACGGACCAUUAUCAGCACCCUCUCGCCCAUCAACAACUUUCGAAUCAACGAACUCAACAAAUAAGAAAGUAACAAUCGAUCUCUAUCCGAAUAAAAGUCCCAUAGCACUUUUACAAGAGUACGCACUCAAACGUUUGAAGUUAAUCGUUCGAUAUGAAUGGUUUACGACCGAUGAAUCCAAUUCCCCAUUUGGCUGUCGUGUUUUUGUUGGUGAUACUGCCUAUGGCACAGGUAUUGGUCGGAACAAACGUACUGCGAAACUGAAAGCAACAGAAGAAUCGCUGAUUAUUCUAAUCCCUCAAUAUAAAAAACUACAAGAACAACAGCAACAAACAGGAAAUAAACAAACCAUUAUCGAAGACAAAACACUCGAAGAAGGUUGUAUCGACGAUGACGAACCAUCGACAAUUGUAAAUAACACUGCCAACCAUCCAGACCACACCAACAACAGCAAUGACAAUGAUAACAAAACCAAUUCGAAUGAAGAAGAUCCAGUCAGUAGUUCGUUAUUAGAUGAAUACAACAUUCUAGAUGCUAAUCUAUAUGAUGUAUGUACCGCGUUGGGUAAACCUACACCUUAUCAAAUGUUGGAAAAGAGUAUAACAUACAAUGCAUUGACACGCGGAGAAUCAAAUAUUAAACUAACAAUGACAAAGAAGCCGAUGUUCACACAUAUUACUCUCGAAAUAGGUAAUGAACACAAGGAAGAAGCCCAAGCGAAGGAUAAAGCGCAUGCGAAAAACCUUGCUGCUCAAAAACUAUUAAGAAAACUCCACCCGUAUUUACCUGCAUACGGAUCAUUAAUUCGUUUGUAUGAAAAAAAUGCUGAUACUUAUAAACGUGUUCGCGUCGACGAUGAAUUAGCUGAUAUCGUUCGUGCUGCGAAAAAGAAUGAACCAAAUCACGCUCUAUUAGCUAAACUUCGUGAAGAAAUGUUACGUUUGAAAGCCAAUAAAACUUCUUCCUCGUCGACAUUCAAUCACUAUGCAAUACAUGUCGUUGAUGUGAAUGAUGAACUUCUCGGCCGUUCAUCAUCCACGUAG